AUGAGGAGCACCUUGGUUGCGUUACUAUGUGGUGCAGCAACUGCCUCGAACCACACACUUCGAGCUGGCACCGCCGCAGCUGCUCCCAUUGUCAUACAGGGCAACAUGCUCUUCAAUGCGGGCACGGGCGAGCGCUUCUUUGCCAAGGGGAUUGCGUACAAUCCCCGAAAUGGUAAUGUCGGGCAGGUGCUUGGAGAAAAGAAGCCAGAGUGCAAGGCGGGCACCCCCAAGUUCCCGCCUCUGGCUUACUAUGGCGACCCUUCAGCCGACGAAAUGGCAGACCAGUUCACAGAGUACUUGCCCUUGAUCAAGAAUCUGGGAGCCAACACCAUCCGCCUCUACAACAUAGACCCCGAGAAGUCACACAGGAAGUUUAUGGAGAAGGCUGCGUCUCUGGGGAUCUAUGUGCUGGUCCCGCUGACAAGAGGUGACUGGGGCUUUUUGCCGGCCCUGCCCAGCCCGCAGUGCUACCACGCCGACCUGCCCGAUUACGGCCACGUUGGUUUGAAUUUGUUGACCUCGGCCAAGCUCAUCGUGGACCAGUUCAGCCAGUAUGCGAACACCUUGAUGUUCGUUGUUGGUAACGAGAUCGAGCUUUUGGACAAGGAGGGUAUGGCGGCCUACCCUUGCGUGAAGGCGCUCACUCGCGACAUCAAGCGCUACCAGAAAGAGAAAGGCUACAGGACGGUCCCUCUCAUCUACUCGGACAAGGAUCAGGGAAACAAGGACCGCGUGAACAUUGCCAACUACUUGACCUGUGCCCUGGAGAGUCCUGAUGAUGCAGUGGAUGCCUUUGGUCUCAACGCCUACUCAUGGUGCGAUCCAGCCUACGACAGUUUUCGGUUCUCACCAUACAAGUCGAUUGCUGACGAUUUCACGUCCUUCUCGAAGCCCUUCAUGUUUACGGAGUUCGGCUGCAACAUCGGGGCUUGGCAGUGGUCCUGCCCAGCGUACAAAGGUGGCCGUACAUGGCCGCAGGUUGGUGUCAUGAUGGAUGAGAUGAGCGACCUCGUUAGUGGAGCUGUGGCGUUUGAGUUCUCCAUGGAGAACAAUGAGUUCGGGCUGGUCCUGACGCCAGGAUUCCUGCAAGGUCAGAAUGAGAUCAGGUUCACCGACAGCUACUAUGCUCUGCAGAAGGAGUUCAAGGGACACACCGCCAAAGGAUUCGCGCAGCCAACGCGAUCAGCGCCAUCCCAAUGCAUCUCCAAGGAGAUGGCCAACGAGAUGCAGCAGCGCCACCAUGUGAGCCAGAUCUCGGACUGGUCAAGACUUCCGUCGACCCCGGUAAUGCCGGAGACAGUCUUGCCAUGA